GGGCGCCGAGGGACCUGGGCGGCAGCAGUGCCCCCCGAAUGGCCGCGGCGGCGGACCUGGCUCCCGCGCCGCGGCCCUAGGCGGCCUGUCGACAUGGCCAAGUGGCUGAACAAGUACUUCAGCUUGGGCAACAGCAAGACCAAGAGCCCCCCGCAGCCGCCGCGGCCCGACUACCGCGAACAGCGGCGCCGGGGCGAGCGGCCCUCGCAGCCCCCCCAGGCCGUGCCGCAGGCCCCCACAGCCGCCUCGGCUUCCUGCGGUCCGGCUGCCGCCUCCUGUUUCUCGGCCUUGUCGGGAUCGCUGCCCGACGACAGCGGCAGCACAAGCGACCUGAUCCGCGCCUACCGCGCACAGAAGGAGCGCGACUUUGAGGACCCCUACAACGGGCCCGGCUCGUCGCUGCGCAAACUGCGCGCUAUGUGCCGCCUAGACUACUGCGGCGGCGGCGGCGGGGAGCCGGGCGGAGGCCAGCGCGCCUUCUCCGCCUCGUCCGCAUCGGGCGCCGCGGGCUGCUGCUGCGCCUCCUCUGGCGCGGGCGCCGCCGCAUCUUCGUCUUCGUCCUCCGGCUCCCCGCAUCUCUACCGAAGCAGCAGCGAGCGGCGCCCGGCCACGCCGGCCGAGGUGCGUUACAUCUCCCCCAAGCACCGCCUCAUCAAAGUGGAGAGCGCAGUGGGCAGUGCCGGAGAUUCCCCGGGGGGCGCCUGCUUGGGCGGCCGCACCUGGAGCCCAACAGCCUGCGGGAGCAAGAAACUGCUCAACAAGUGUGCCCCCUCCGCCGCGGAGGAGAGCGGGUCCUGCAAGAAGGACAAGCCAGGUGUCCGCUUCGGAAGUUACCUGACGAAAAAGCCCCGCCCGGCCUUGCCCAAGAAAGAGACACGCAGCCAGCCCUUCCCGCCCCCGAGGAGUAAAGUGAUUAUUGCUGAUGACUACUCAGAUCCCUUCGAUGCCAAAAAUGAUCUCAAGAGCAAAGCCGGAAAGGGGGAGAGCGCUGGCUACAUGGAGCCCUACGAGGCCCAGAGGAUCAUGACAGAAUUUCAGAGGCAGGAAAGUGUCCGGUCCCAGCACAAAGGCAUCCAGUUAUAUGACACCCCUUACGAACCUGAGGGCCAAAGUGUCGACUCGGACUCAGAGAGUGCAGUCAGCCCCCGGCUACGGGAGAGCAAGCUGCCCCAGGACGACGACAGGCCCGCUGAUGAGUACGACCAGCCGUGGGAGUGGAACCGGGUCACCAUCCCAGCUCUGGCAGCCCAGUUUAACGGCAACGAGAAACGACAGUCAUCCCCCUCGCCUUCUCGGGACCGGCGGCGCCAGCUUCGAGCUCCCGGCGGGGGCUUCAAGCCCAUCAAACACGGGAGCCCCGAGUUCUGUGGGAUCCUGGGAGAAAGAGUGGACCCCGCUGUCCCGCUGGAGAAGCAAAUAUGGUAUCACGGAGCCAUCAGCAGAGGAGACGCGGAGAACCUGCUGCGGCUCUGCAAGGAGUGCAGCUACCUUGUCCGGAACAGCCAGACCAGCAAGCACGACUACUCCCUGUCCCUGAAGAGCAACCAGGGCUUUAUGCACAUGAAACUGGCCAAAACCAAAGAGAAGUACAUUCUGGGUCAGAACAGCCCCCCGUUCGACAGUGUCCCAGAAGUCAUCCACUACUACACCACCAGAAAGCUGCCUAUCAAAGGGGCUGAGCACCUGUCCCUCCUCUACCCUGUGGCUGUGCGGACCCUGUGAGCGGACCAGCCCUGCCCCAGCCUUGCCCUGCUCUGCGGCAGGGCCUGGAGUUGGAGGAGCCGGAGCCCCGCCCACCGGCCCGGCCAGUCGCCAGCGGCGUCCAGUUCGUGUCGUGUGUACGGUGCCAGCGCACCACUGCAUGUCUCUAGAAAUGCUGUCGCCACUACAGGGGGCUGGAGACGGCCUGGUAAAGACAGAGAGACGGCCCACUAGCCGCCCCAGCCCCCAACCCCACCCCCUCCUUGAGUUUCUGUGAAUUAAAAUAUUUGCAAAUCCAAAGAGAUGCCUUCCAGGAUGAACAAAGGAGAGCAGCUCCGAGGGGCGGGGCGGGAACUCCCUGGGCUGCAGCUCUUUGUUCUCUGAGUUGCGAAUUCACACCUGUGCAAACCCCACUGGGCCCCCUGGUGCUGGGAGCAGAAUGUCAGUGCUGGGAGAGCGCGGAAGGCCCCCGGUGGCCUGCCUCCUCUCUGGUGUGUGUGUUUGUGUGUGAGUGUGAGCACAUAACAUACGUGAGAACAUCAUCACACACAGAUGUGAGUAAGCCCACUAAUCCACUCUUAGUCACUCAUUGUAAUCAUUAGAUCUUCAAGGAAUCAUUGUGCGGUCAAAAAGAGGAUUGAAUUAUUUAUGAAUAGGGUGUGUAAAUAAAAUAGUCAUUUAAUAUA